AAGAGCUGCCGUAUUACAUUCUUUCGGUUGUUAUUUUCUUUCAUCUGCGUUUGUUGUUCAAAGUUCAGAGUGUGCUGGACAUUUAUUUCGUUCCAUAAUACAACACUCCCGAAAUCCCCGCUCUUUUUUCAUAUCUCUGUAACGGAUUUAUCCGAUUUCUGUCCAUCCCAUUGGCGUGAUUGCCUCUAGUCGUGCCUCAAUCCAUCGUGUGCGGUGAGUAAUUACUGGACGAGACAAAGAAAAAAAAAACUGGGAAUUUAUAUUAUCCUGGACGUUGACUAAGUACCGCGAGCGACACAUUGUUUCUCAUCUUCAUCCAACAGGCGAUGGAAAAAAUGACAGCUGACGACGAUUUACCUGGAUUACGAUUGGUUUGACGAGAAAUCAAAUCAACACUACUGAGAAGGGGAGUCAAUCACGGCGAAUAAAAAUGUCCCAUCGGCCGUACUUUCUUUCAUCCGUUGAUCUACAAAAUGGGAGCGUCGAACUCAAUUUGACUGAGUGGCUGCUAACGACCAACUCCAAUAAUAAUAUGACCAGUGAUGAGCAAGACACGGCACUAGAUCUUGCUGCAUCGCUACUUGUUGGUAUCUUCUUGGCUGUGAUUAUCUUCUUGUCGGUGGCCGGCAAUUUACUAGUCUGCAUCGCUGUUUACACCGAUCGGACGUUGCGCAAAGUGGGCAACCUCUUUAUCGUUUCGCUGGCCAUCAGCGACCUGUUUGUGGCCUGUCUGGUGAUGGUCUUCGCCGUCGCCAACGACCUCCAAGGAUUCUGGGUUUUUGGCGAUCAAUUUUGUGACAUUUGGGUCGCGUUCGACGUCAUGUGCUGCACCGCCUCCAUUCUCAAUCUAUGCGCCAUCUCCAUGGACCGAUACAUCCACAUCAAGGAUCCGCUACGUUACGGUCGCUGGAUGACUAAACGAGUCAUUUACAGUUCAAUCGCAGCUAUUUGGCUGUUGGCAGCGCUGAUUUCAUUCCUGCCUAUUUCGAUGGAUCUUCACAGACCCGUGCAAGAAAUGACAUUACAGCUGGACGAUCAGCCGUUAGAAUCAGCGUUUGACGAAGAGUUGGGCAUCUUGUCGAACGACAACACGCCAGCCGACGCUUACACGGUAACGAAAAUGGGCAAUGAAAAUGAAGAAUCAGCUGAUAACGAUGGAUUAAACAAUCCACCGGUACUUACGAUAGCGUCAUCAUCACAUCAAUGCGCAUUGGAUUUAACGCCGACCUACGCCGUUGUAUCUUCUUGCAUCAGUUUCUAUUUGCCGUGUUUGGUUAUGUUGGCCAUUUACUCGCGACUUUAUUUCUACGCCAAAAUGCACGUGCAAAAUAUUAAAGCUGUCACGCGACCCGUCAUUCUUCUCGGACGUUUCGAACCAGAAGCCAACGAUUCCGGUGCAUCGGAUCCAGCGCAUCCACAAGAGGAAAAAUCGAAAAAGAAGAAGAAGAGGAGACAUUAUCAGUCACCCACUCCACCAGGGACGAGUGCAUCGUCAACGACUGGGCAAAAUAGUUACCACGUUUCCGACCAUAAAGCGGCCAUCACGCUGGGCAUCAUCAUGGGAGUCUUUCUCAUCUGCUGGGUCCCCUUCUUUUGCAUCAACAUCGUCGCCGCUUUCUGCAAGACCUGCAUCCCGCCCAUCGUUUUCAAAAUACUCACCUGGCUCGGCUACUCCAACAGCGCCUUCAAUCCCAUCAUUUACUCCAUUUUCAAUCUCGACUUCCGGCUGGCCUUUCAGAAAAUCCUCACCGUCAAGACGAGAUCCUUCUGUUGUCACCGGUUCGCCGAUAUCUACGAAUCACGCUCCAGAGGUAAUUCGGGACAGAACGGCGGUGCGGCCAUACAGGGAUCAUCCAAUCAAAUGCAUCCGCAGCUCAGCAUGGAUCACUUGAGGUCGAAUCAGGAACAGCUGUUGAGUAACGGCCAUCAUCAAAUGCAACAGCAGGCCGGUCAGCAGACGGCCGUUACGGAUAGUGAAGAAGAGCAUCGCCUUGGACGGCCAUGUUGCGAACAGGAUGAUGUCGAUGCGCCUUGCACCAGCGUGCUGGUAGUCUCCACGUCUUCAGGGCACAUCAUCAGCUCCAAUAAUCUGAUGAAACCUCAUCACCACAUUCGAAGGACUUCCAAUAGUGCGACUCAUCGGAAAGACUCCGGCCAGCAUUUGCUCGUCGCCGAGAAAGUCGUCUGAUUUUAUUACAACUUAAAAUGCUCUUUUUUUUCCCCGUUUUCAUUUGUGAAUAAUUUCGCACAAGACUCAUAUGAUACCUUAACGGCUUAUGAUGUGUUAUUUAGUGUAUACCGUUCGGGAUUCUCCGACCGAGUCGAAUCCUAGUCUUUUACACACAACACACCUGUACAUGUAAUAAAGAAAAUUGUUGUAUAAUUCCAAAUUACCAGAAAUUUAAAUGACACAGUAUAAAUAAACAUAUAUUUAAAUAAAUCUA